AUGAACGCUACGCUCAACAACGCAACCCUCGCUACUCGGCGCGGCGUCUCACGUCUCUGGCAGGGAUACCUUGCUCAGCUCGCCGCCCGUCCCCUCCGUACCAAGAUGGUCACGUCCGGCACCAUGUUCUUUGUCGGCGACGCCAUUGCGCAGUUUGGCAUCGAGGGGCGGCGGGUCUCCCCCGACGCUGUACCUCAGCCUGACGGCUACGGCCCCGUUGAAGACGACGUUACGCUCGCCUAUAACCCGACCCGUGCCGCCCGCCAGGCAGUGUACGGCGCACUCGUCCUUGCACCGCUCGCACACAACUGGCUCGUACGCCUCGACAAAGUCAAGUUUGCCAACAAGUGGGCUACUCUCGGCGCCAAAGUUAGCCUCGACCAGCUCGUGUGGGGACCCUUCAUCGUGACCACGUUCUGGAGCUGGACGGGCAUGAUGGAGGGCAAGACGGGCGACCAAGUGGCCGAGCUUGUCCACUUUGCCUUCCCAGGAGCCUACUCGAAGUGUGUAGCCGUGUUUGCGCCCACCCAGAUCGUCAACUUCCUCUGGGUUCCGCUGCACCACCGGCUGUUGGUGCACCAGACGGUCGGACUCGGGUGGAACAUCUUCCUCUCGUACAUGACGAACAAGAACAACACGCUCCUCGCCGCGGCCAAGGCCGACCUCGCGCAGGCGCAGAUCGCCGAGGCUUCGGUCGAACCGAUUCACGACAAGGCUCACGACGACGAGCGUGCCCUCGCGCACGCCAAGGUCGAGGACGCGGCCAAGGUUCUCGCCGCUGUCAAGGAGGAGCGCCAGCGCCUCCGCGACCUCGAAGGUGGUGGAGCCACCGCCGCUGGCACGCGCAUGUAG